AUGUCAGGGAAUCUGGACCCGCACACGAUGGUGCAGUGCGCUGCGUACCGGCCUAAAGAUUACGUGGAGGACCCGAACAGUCGAAGCCGAGGAGCACCUUCAUUGGACCCACCAUUCCAGGUUGUUGUGCAUCCUGACGCUGUGUUCGUCGCGGACCUGCACGCACAUCUUGCCACUUGCGAAAUUAUUGGCUUUCUCGGUGGCAAAUGGGACGAAGCCUCCAAAACGCUGUACAUCCAGGCCGCGUUUCCGUGCCGUUCGCUAGUGAUCGAUGGCGACGAUGGAUCUACUGACGUCGAGAUGGAUCCGGGCAGUGAAAUUGAAUUGCGUGGCAUCAUCGAAAACGCGCAGCUGGAGGUUGUGGGAUGGUAUCACUCACAUCCCGCAUUCGCACCAGACCCGUCCGUUCGUGACAUUGAGAACCAAACAAGCUACCAGCAGCUCUUCCAGCGCCCCUGUACUAGCAAAGAAAAGAAGCCUUCGGAGCCGUUCGUUGGACUGAUCGUUGGCACGUAUGACACACGUCGAAGCUCACCAGUGAGCCUUUUCCGAUACUUCCACACACGAGGCGAGAAGGUCAGCGGGGGUGCGUGCCGCGAAAUCUACAUGCCUUACGAAUUCAUACCAGGUCGGCGUCACUUUCGGAGCGUGUUGCAAGAUGAGGAGCGUGAUCGAACCCGCAUGUUUCCCAUGUAU